AUGCUCAAAGAAAAGCGCAGCUGGGACAUUGCCGAACUGAGAGCGCAGCUAUACUGGGAGGUGCUGCCGGCGGACAUUGGGCCCAUUCGCCAGCUGCUGGAGAAUUAUAGUGGCGUCCCGCCCGCGGAGGUGGACGCACAUAUCCUUGCAAUACGCGAGAGACUCUGGCAGAUCAAGCCUUACGGCUGUAUUGGAAAGUUCAGGUUCCUGCAACUGGACUUCACCUCGGAUCCGAGGUACCAACAGGCCCUUGCACUCUUGAAGAGGAGGUUCUCCCGUGAUACACUCUUGGAUCUAGGGUGCUGUGUCGGGCAGGUGCUGCGACAGCUGGUAGACGAUGGCGCAUGCUCCAGUCGGCUCUUUGGCGCGGAUCUCGAGCCGCGGUUUGUGGAAAUAGGCUACGAAUUGUUUCGGGACAGAAAAAAGCUGAAGUCAAUGUUCGUCGCAGGCGACGUUCUUGCGGGUUCGGAGGACGACUCGCCGACCAGAGAUCCGCUCAAGUUGCUCGAUGGCAAGAUGACCGUAGUGCACGCCACAAGCUUCUUCCACCUCUUCGGAUGGAAUGACCAGAUCAGAGCAGCGAGGAGGAUAAUACGGCUGCUCAAGCCGAAAGACGCGAACGUUUUCAUCUUCGGACGACAGGUGGGCUGUGUGGAUCCCGGUAAUCAACCUGGCCCAAAAGGGUAUCAACGCUUCCUACAUAAUGCCGAAUCAUGGCAAAGCAUGUGGGAUCAGGUAGGCGAGCAGACGGGCACCAGAUGGAGGGCCGAGAUGGACAUCAUCCCCGAUUCACACAACUCGGGGUUAAUAGGCGCCGAUGUCUAUCCAGAGGGCUUCAACCGGAUCAGGUUUGGCGUUCAUAGGGCUUGA